UGUUUGUUGAAAGGUUGAGGUGUGGAGGAAAAUGCUUCCUUAAGACUUUCAGACUUUGUCCUGGAAUUGUGUCGAUUUUUGGUGAAAUGGUAGUAUAAUUUAGUUUGACUGUUUUAUAAUGUUUUUCUGUUGUUUAUUUAUUAUGUCUUUGACUGUAAGUGAGAUUAUAAGACAUAAUAAGACAUAAUAAGACAUAAUAAGACAUUAUAAGACAUAAUAAGACAUUGUAAGACAUUAUAAGACAUAAUUAGACAUUAUAAGACAUUAUAAAUGGUAAAUGUAUGCUCUCUUCUGCCCCUGCAGGUCGCACUGAGAAGCGCCUCACCAUGCCCGACUCACCGGCGGAUGUGAAAACGCAGUCCAGGUUAACGCCCCCGACCAUGCCCCCCCCUCCCACCUCACAGGGAGCGCCCAGGACCAGCUCAUAUACCCCCACCACUCUCACCAAUGGAAGCAGUCAUUCCCCGACCACUAUGAACGGCGCUCCCUCCCCACCCAACGGCUUCAGCAACGGGCCUUCCUCCUCCUCCUCCUCCUCUCUGGCCAAUCAGCAGCUGCCACCAGCGUGCGGCGCCCGGCAGCUCAGCAAGCUCAAGCGCUUCCUCACCACGCUGCAGCAGUUCGGCAACGACAUCUCACCGGAGAUCGGCGAGAGGGUGCGCACACUGGUGCUGGGCCUGGUGAACUCCACUCUGACCAUAGAGGAAUUCCACUCCAAACUGCAAGAGGCGACCAACUUCCCGCUCCGACCUUUUGUCAUCCCGUUUCUGAAGGCCAACCUUCCCCUCCUGCAGCGCGAGCUCCUCCACUGCGCCCGGCUAGCCAAGCAGAACCCAGCCCAGUACUUGGCCCAGCACGAGCAGCUCCUGCUGGACACCAGCACCACCUCGCCCGUGGACUCCUCGGAGCUGCUGCUGGACGUCAACGAGAACGGCAAGAGGCGGACGCCUGACAGAACCAAAGAGAAUGGCUUCGAUCGGGAGGGCCUGCACCCAGAGCACCCUAGCAAGAGGCCCUGCACCAUCAGCCCCGGCCAGCGCUUCAGCCCCUCCAACGGCCUGCCUUACCAGCCCAACGGCAUGCCCCACCCCACCCCCCCACCCCCACAGCAGUACCGCCUGGAUGACAUGGCCCUGGCCCACCACUACAGGGAGUCCUACAGGCACCCCAACCACCGGGAGAUCAGGGAACGCCCCACUAGGCCCAUGGGCAUGCAUGGAGCUCGACAGGAGGAGGUCAUUGAUCACCGGCUCACAGACAGAGAAUGGGCGGAGGAAUGGAAACACCUUGACCAUCUGCUGAACUGUAUCAUGGACAUGGUGGAGAAGACGCGGCGCUCGCUCACGGUGCUGCGGCGCUGUCAGGAGGCCGACCGCGAGGAGCUCAACUACUGGAUCCGCCGCUACAGCGACGCCGAGGACCUCAAGAAGGGGAGCAGCAGCAGCCAGUCACGGCAGCAGAGCCCAGGCUGUCAAGAUGGAUCUACACCAGAGAUUCACCGCGACCUGCUUCACAGGCCAGUGUCAGGCUACGUGCCAGAGGAAAUCUGGAAGAAAGCCGAAGAGGCUGUGAACGAGGUGAAGAGGCAGGCCAUGUCCGAGCUCCAGAAGGCGGUGGGCGAGGCCGAGAGGAAGGCCCACGACAUGAUCAGCAGCGAGCGGGCCAAGAUGGAGCGCACCGUCGCCGAGGCCAAGCGCCAGGCAGCCGAAGACGCACUGUCCGUCAUCAACCAGCAGGAGGACUCCAGUGAGAGCUGCUGGAACUGCGGGCGCAAGGCCAGCGAGACGUGCAGCGGCUGCAACACGGCACGCUACUGCGGCUCCUUCUGCCAGCACAAGGACUGGGAGAAGCACCACCACGUGUGCGGACAGACGCUCCAGGCCCAGCAGCAGGGGGAGACCCCCGCCACCCUCAGCUCCUCGGCCACCCCCAGCAGUGGAGCCGUCAGCCCCGCCGACACCACCUCAGCCGCCACCCCCCGCUCCGCCACCCCCGGGACCCCCUCCACGAUAGAGGCUACUCCCCGUUAG